AAUCUGAACGAGUGUGGGUUGUUUAAAGAUUAUUUUUGAUAUCAUAUGUACAAGCUCUAUUUCGUGACAUUUUUAUAAAUUUAUAUGUGAAUGAUGGAUCCGUUUUAAUGUCGUGAAGGAACAUGAAAUGCACACUCGGGCACCACUUGACUAUUUUUAAGAAUCAUGCACGGUAUAAUCAAUCUACGUCAGCUGCUUUAAAUCUGAACAACAUACGAUUAAUAAAUAUACAGAUAUAAGUAAGAAUAUGGCAAGGAAUUACAAACCGGAAGAUGUACUUUCGGAUUUUCGACGUCUUCCUUGAGCGCUCUUGAAUGACACCCUUCCCGAGUGACUGUUGGACUUUCGCGUAUGCAGCGUGGACGAAAGGGAUCCGAAUCAGAACGGCUAAUCGGUUUUACUGGUCCUCUGCAAGAAGGGUCGCCAAUGUUCUCAACAGUGGAAGGGCCGCAUUCCUGCUCCCAACGCUCUCGUGUCUGACAUAUGGAGCUUAUUGCAGGCUGCAGCAUUCAGCGGUGCUCCUCGCUUUAGAAAAAGAGGAGGUUCUUGAGCAGGCCGACUAUCUUUAUAGCUGCGCGGAGACACACAAACUCUACCAGCUCCUAUUGCAGUACAAAGACAGCGAUAAUGCCGAGUUCUUGUGGAGGCUGGCAAGGGUGUCCCGUGACGUGUCCGAGCUGCCCGAAACUAAGGAAGGACUGAAGAAACAGCUGAUGUAUGAGGCCUUUGAAUAUGCAAAGAAAUCCUUGGAAAAAGAUGACAAGUGUUUUGCAGCACACAAAUGGUAUGCAAUAUGCCUGAGUGAUGUAGGGGAGUACGAGGGAGUCAAGGUCAAAAUAGGAAAUUCUAUCAAAAUCCGGGAACAUCUAGAGAGAGCCCUCGAGCUCAAUCCCAAAGAUGCGACAUCCUUGCACAUUUUGGGUUACUGGUGUUUUACUUUUUCUGAGCUGCCGUGGUAUCAACGCAAGGUGGCAGCGGUUAUUUUUGCGUCACCUCCGACAUCCACGUAUGAGGAGGCUUUGCAGUUCUUCCUGAAAGCUGAACAAGUGGAUCCAAACUUCUACAGUAAAAACCUCCUGAUGCUUGGGAAGACCUACAUGGCCAUGAAGGAUGAGCAAAAAGCUUUGUUGUGGCUAAACAAAGCUAAAGAUUACCCGCCGCGCACGCACGAAGACAAAGAGGUUCAUAAAGUAGCCGUUGACCUGUUAAAGAAGUUCAGAUGAACCUGACACCUGAUGUUCUCUAAUUGUUAACAUAGUUUUAUGAGAAAUCACUCAUCUUCCUUGGGGGGGGGGACCAUCCUCACCACUUGAAAAUAAAAGCACAAUCAUGGCAUGGGAGGGAGUCAUUCACGUAUUUAUUUGUAUCUCAUAAAUCCAUCUCUCCAUUUCAAAUGGCUGAAAGCUGAUUUAAAAAUGAAUCCUCUAUACACCGGUAAAGGGCCAUUCUGUACAGUGUAGUAGGUGUUUACAGUGUGUAUCUACACGCGAUAUGUUACAGUCGGGAUGCCUUUCAGAAAGCCUACGAUGCAGCUGGCACGCGUGACACUUCCUGCCUUGAAGGCCAACUGAAACACUCCCAGUCUAUUUCUGAUAUGAAACAAAAGGCAUCACAGAUUUCCAAACACUGGAACGGCGGCUCUGCAAUUUAUUAUAAUAUCUAAGUACGCUAUCUGUCAUUAGCUUUGUACAAGGAGUAUUCACAUACACAGUUUUGGAUUCGUUUCGAUUACAGCUUUGCGAUUGAAG